CGGCCGCUUUCGAUUCUUUCGCUUAUCUCCCUCGGACUGCGUAUCAGAUUGGAGUUAGAGGCAAUCGACAGACAGCUAUGGCAGAAGAGGCAAAAGACCCUUUCAAGGGAGUCGAUUGGAAGGCCGUGGGUGGCGAUAUGCAGAAAGAUCCCAGCUCUAUAAACAUUUUAAAGAAAAGGCGUCCAACAAAAGUUAGGCAAAUUCCAGAGUAUUAUUUUCUUCCUAGAAGAUCCCUUUCCUCGGUCCUUGCAUUCUAUGGGGCGUGUAUUGCAGGUGGAAUUGGAGCUGGGAUGCUGGUGGAGAUAUGGAUUAAGGAUAAAGUUAAAAAGGAUGGAGGCGUCGUCUGGGAGUUUGACAAGUAGAGUACAGAGAGAUGAAGUUGUAAUAAGAUCAUCCAGUUCUGGGUUUUGUUUUGUUGUCAAUCCUUAGUUUUG